UGGGCUUGCUUCAUUGGCCUAGAUGGGGUCGGUUCCCUUCCCCCUUCUUCUUUCCGCAAUCUUCCCUUGGUCGGCGGCAGCGGCCUGUUCAUCAUGGCGGAGGCGAGGGCGAAGGCGAGGGCAGAGGCGCAGGCGAUGGAGGAGCACCUGGCCUUGCUCCAGGAGGACAUCCGGCUCCGCUUCUUGAUGAAGGAUGAGGGUUUCUCAGGCAUGAGCGAGGCCGAGCGAGCGGCAAAGCAGGCCAAGGCCAAGGAGGAGCGCUUGGGCUUGAUCCGCGAGUGUACACGGCUCUACUUUGAGAAGAAGGAUCCGGAUUACUCAGGCAUGAGCGAGGCCGAGCGAGCGGCGGAGGCGGAGAGGCGGAGGCAGGAAGCGCUGCAGGAGGCGCGCCGUCUUCAGAUGGAGGGCCACCCCAUGGGUCGGAGGCGGGAAGCCUUGGCUCACAUCCUCGACUUCGAUCCCAAGCAGUGGGGCGACUACUACAACCGAUUCUCCUUUGUCGACCUCACAACAUUCGACCUCGACGAGGAGUCGCCCCUUGGUCCGAUGAGAUUUACUGAUGCAGUCUACAAAAACAAGCGAGAUUACCAGCUUUGUCACGCUGUAAACAUCUUGUCCAUCAAGAUAGCCUGCUCGGAUGUUGGCUUCCCAAUCCAUGUAUAUGGCACUGUCAUUGCCAGAGAUAGCGUUGACGAGAAGUGUCUUUAUCUCUUCCGCCGCGAUAGAAACCAUUGCCAAGUCAUCAACUCUGAGGAUGAAUCAUUGAUCUUGACUGGCCCAAAACGAGGACUCGCGUUGUUAGAUGAUAAUUAUGUUGAGACUGAUCUGAAGAUCAAGGAUCAUCGAGGGCAGGACAGAGACCUUAGUAAAGGAAUCUUAACGAUCAGGGGCAUAGCAGGUCGAUCGUUGAAAUGUGAGGUUCAAAGCCAUUCUCUUGCUACCAGGCUCAGUACCGUGGAUGUGAUGUAUGCAGUUGUGAAACGUGCAGUGGAGGCAACUAUUGCAAUUGAAGUUCUACAGGGAGAUUUUUAUGGAAAAAUCACUGCCCACACCACCAGCAUCCAGAACAGACUUGUUCUUUAUGAUAGUGAAGGGGCUGGUGCCAUGACUGGUGAUGGUCAUGGUGUUAUCCAACUUGUGCGACCCGUCGUAUCUGUCUGUGUGAAGGAUAUGCUGAUAAUUGUUGCCCAGACUGGUGGUGGUAGAUCUGAAUGCAUCAUUGAAUUUACUCCAAGGGUCAACAGUAGAGAUGAUGAUGUAAUUACUGUUGGUGUCACUAAGAUGCGUGUGAUGGUUGCUUGGUCAAUAAUGGACCCCUGACUGAGACUUUGGAUUGGCUCGUUGUUAAGCUUCAUUGGUAGGAUGUGUAUGCAAGUGUAACCACAUCUGAUUUAGUGAUGCUGGGGUUACCAGUAAGUUAUGCGGACCCUGUUGGAUGCUAGAUAAGUAAUAGUUUACCGUUUAUCAUGUUGGUCUUGUUAUGUUGAACUACUGUCUAACAUGCUAGGCUUGUUAUGUGAUGAACUUAAGCAAUAAUACCAUGUUGAACUAUAUAUUA